AUGACGUAUCGGACAACUCUGGACCUACUUUUCAAAUCGAAUAGAUUUAUCCCCAACUAUACAUGUGACAUGGAGAAAAACCUCAUAGCCAUCAUUGGAGGACUUAGCUCUGAUACCUCCUUCUAUAUGGCUGACACCAUAGGCCUCUACAAGAUUCCUCAGCUCACAUAUGGAUGUUUUCCCCCAGAGGAGAGUGAUGCAGAUCAGUUCCCUUCCUUUUUCCGCAUGGUACCCAAUGACAGCCAUCAAUAUAUGGGGAUCAUCAGCUUACUAAAGCAUUUUGGAUGGAAAUGGGUUGGACUUUUCGUUGUGGAAGGUGACAGUGGAGAAAAAUUCUUGCAGACCCUGGAACCAUUCCUUUCCGAGCAUGGAAUCUGUUCAGCCUUCACACAAAAAAUACCACAAGUAGCCCAUUUAGAUAAUAUGAGUGUAACAAUUGGUGCAUUCUUCAAUAUUUUUCUGUCUUUAACAGAUGAUAAAGUCAAUGCAUGUGUAAUCUUUGGAGAAUCUUUAGCUCUUGCAUGGAUAAGAAUUGUUAUAUUUCUACGAGAUCCUGAAAAUAAGGAAAGUUCAUCAUUUAGGAAGGUUUGGAUCAUAACCACGCAGAUUGAUGUCGUAUUAAUUGGUAUUCAAAGGUUUUUGGAUUUUGAGCUCUUUCAAGGAUCCAUUUUCUUCACAAUUCACUCAGAACAGAUUCUAGGGUUCAAGACGUUUCUUCAGAAUAUAAAGCCUGAUAGAAUAGACAGAGAUGGUUUCCUCAAGGACGUCUGGGAGCAAGCAUUUGACUGUACAUUGCCAAACCCCAGUGUGCCUUUGGAUAGUAACGAACAUUGUACUGGGGAAGAGAGACUGAAGAGCCUUCCGGGGCUGCAACCUUUCCUUCGUGGCAUUAUAUUUAACAACUCUGCAGGAGAAACAGUGAGUUUCAAUGGGAAAAAGGAAAUGGAAGGUGUAUUUGACAUAAUGAACAUUGUCACAUUCCCAAACAAGUCUUUCCUUCGAGUGAAAGUUGGACAGGUGGACAAUGACGCUCUUGAAGCAAGAAGAAUCAUCAUUAAUGAGGACAUGAUUAAAUGGCACAAGGGUUUCAACCAGGUGGUACCUAUUUCUCUCUGCAAUAACUGCUGUCCCCCUGGUCAUCAGAAGAAAAGGAAGGAAGGGGAGAAAUUUUGCUGCUAUGAUUGUGCUCCAUGUCCAGAAGGGAAGAUUUCAGACCAGAAGGAUAUAGAUGAUUGUUUCAGAUGCCCAGAAGACCAAUAUCCAAACAUGGACAAACAUGGUUGCAUCUCCAAAACUAUAACCUUUCUUUCUUAUGAAGAACCACUGGGGAUCAGCUUAGCCUCAAUAGCACUUUCUUUCUCCAUUGUCACAACUUUAGUGUUAUUAGCUUUUGUGAAGCACAGAGAUACACCCAUUGUCAAAGCCAACAACCGAGAUCUCACCUACACUCUCCUCAUCUCUCUUCUGCUCUGCUUUCAAUCUUCUUUGCUAUUCAUUGGGAAACCAGGGGAAAUGGCCUGCUUCCUCAGACAACCGACUUUUGGCAUCAUCUUCUCUGUGGCUGUUUCUUGUGUGCUGGCAAAAACCAUUACCGUAGUUGUAGCUUUCAUGGCCACCAAACCAGGGUCCAGCCUGAGGAAGUGGGUGGGGAAAAGACUGGCCAACUCCAUAGUCCUUUCCUGCUCUUUGACUCAAGCAAGUCUGUGUACUCUCUGGUUGGCAACUUCACCCCCAUUCCCAGAAUUAGACAUGCACUCACUAAUGGAAGAAAUCACUGUGCAAUGUAAUGAAGGGUCGGUGAACUUGUUUUCUUGUGUCCUGGGCUACAUGGGCCUCCUGGCUUUCUUCAGCUUCCUGUCAGCAUUCCUGGCCCGCAAAUUACCUGACACUUUCAAUGAAGCCAAGUUCAUUACUUUCAGUAUGUUGCUGUUUUGCAGUGUUUGGCUGUGCUUUGUCCCUACCUAUCUGAGCACCAAAGGGAAAUACAUGGUGAUGGUGGAGAUCUUCUCCAUCUUGGCCUCCAGUGCUGGCUUACUGGGCUGCAUCUUUGCCCCGAAAUGCUAUAUUAUCAUGCUGAGGCCCGAGCUCAACAACAAAGAACAACUAAUAAGGAGAAAGAAUUAA